AUGUCAGCUGCCUUGCAAGCAGAGCUUGCUGCUGAGGUUGCAGCAGACGCGGCAGCAACCAUUGGCAACAUCUCUCUUCAAGAGCAGGCUUCGAUUGCUGGGCAGGUUGCAGCAUCCACAGCCACGCAAGCGGGCAUGACGGUGGAGGACGCUGCGAUGGUGGCAGGAGCAGCUGCAGCAGCAGCGGCCGCAACAGCGGGCUUGGCAGCUGAUAAGGUAGCAGAGGCCGCUUUCGAAGCUGCUGGUCAGGUGGCUGGUGAUGGCGGUCUGCCUUCUCAGGCACUGGCCCAACUGACAUCCGAAGCAUUGAUCCGCACAUACUGCAAGCUGCCUCGAACCGUCGAGGAGUUGAAUUGCAUCGAAGCUUGUGCAUCGAGGGCGCAGACAGUGGUCCUGGAGCCCUCGGGCAUGCUGGGAUGCUCCGAGCACCCUUCGAUAGCCACCGUCAGCUUGACUUUUGCCAUCAAUUUUGAGCACCGUCGUGCGGACUUCGCGCGAAGCCUCCUGAAAGGGCUCACGGAAGCACUCGACGCCUCUCCUGGGCACCUCGCUGUUGCGUCCUUGCAGAGGGGGUCCUUGAUUGCUGCCGUGGCGGUUCUGGCUGUGCCAGGCGAUCAGAGCUCUGCAUAUCUCAUUCGGCAACUCGAGGAGCUUUCACUGCGUGACUCCUUUGCGGGCAUCGAGGCGUUCCUCGCUGCCAUCACCACCCCAAUGAAUUCGACCACUACCACCACCACCUCAUCCUCACAGGCUUCGGCGUCACAGAGUCAUUCGGCGACGACCGCAACGACCUCGCUUUUGCUGGAGGUUCCCACGAACCUGUUCAGCACCACGGACACCAGUUUGGGCGCAGAGGUGCAAAUCCUGUUCGGUGCUGCCACCUUCCUUCUCUCUGCCGGCGCGGUGGCCUACUGGUGGCUCCGGCACCCGAAGUCUUACACGCUAGAGACGCUGCGCAGCAGACAAGGCACACCGGAGCCCGACUUCGACCAAGGCGUGGUACCCUGCCCGACAAGUUCGCCAGCGCCCGCAGAACCGAAGCUAGCCUGGGCAAGCGCCGGCACCGAAGCUGAAAAGGCAGCGGUGCAGGAACCCGUCCUGGCGCAGGCUACACCUCCGAAACAGCCGAGGCCGAACACAGCACCAGCCCUGUCUCAGAGACUGGUGCACGGGUUGACGGGAUUUCUGAGGAGAUCUGCCAGCUCACCGCCCACAGUAGCCGCUGCGGCGGCGGCGGCGUCAGCGACCGAAAGUAGGAUGCCGGGUCUCUACGACCAACGCCUGUGCGAAACGCCACGGAGAUCUCGCGCCGCACCUGGGACUACAACUCUCAUGGCUCUCGAGGAGGCGGCGAUGAAAGCCCCGCCACCGGAAGGAUCUUCCCAAGAAGCCGUGACGCCCUUCUGCCAUGGGCAGGAGGAUGAUGACAGCGUCGAAGCCGAUGCAGCAAAAGGCAGGAGCAGGAGGUCCGAAGAGACGCUUCAGAUGCUGCUGUCAAGCCUUCUGAACGACGAGAAUCCACUGGAAGAACGACUUCCCGAGGAUCCUGCGGCAUUGAUCCAGCUGUUCGGUGGAGAGGUGCCCGAGAUCGCACUCCCUCCUCCGCGAGGGCAUUUGCCGUGGCAACCUGAAGGUGAUCUGUCGGAGCUGCAGCCCAAGGUCUUGUCGUCUGCCUCACUGCUGCAAUAA